GCGCGAGUCUCAUCAACUUCAAAUCCGGGCAUCGCGAAAAAAAGCCAGCUUUCACAACCACACAUCAAGCGCCGUCUAAUACCUUCUCCAACCCACAACCGCCAAAAUGCCACCACGGCACCAAACCCUGCCCCCCGCGCAGACCUCAUCGGCACGCGAAGCCCUCCAAUCCUUCUACUGCCAGCUCUGCCAGAAGGGGUACUCGCGCAUGAACGACUACGAGGCGCACCUCAGCAGCUACGACCACAGCCACAAGCAGCGGCUCAAGGACAUGAAGGCCAUGGUGCGCGACCCGGCCGCGACGGCGCGCGCGCGCCGCCAGGAGCAGAAGGCCGAGGGCGUCAUCAGCAUCAAACUCGGGGAGGCGGCCGCCGCUGGAGGGGGUGGGAUUGGUGGUGGUGGUGGUGGAGGUGCGGGUGGUGCGGCGGCUGGUGGUGGGGGGUUUAAGAAGGGUGGGUUUAAGAAGACGGGGUUUAAAUCUGCCUUUGCGCCUGUCGGUGGUGCGGUGGCUGCGCCGAAGGAGGAUGCGGGGUUGGGGAAGAAAGAGGAGGAGCCGAAGAUGGGUUUGGCGGCGGCGGCGAAGAGCGAGCUUGUGGAGAGCGACACGGAGGAUGAGGGGUACGAGGUGUACGAUCCGCAGAGGCCGACCGACUGAGCGGGGAACAAGGACUAUCGGGUCGAGGCGCGGUUGGGAUCAUCACGACGACAACAUCGGCCCUCAGUUUCGAUUUCGGUUACGGGCGGAACGAGGCCCAUCAUCCACUGCCUAGCGGUGGUAAGAGGAGUAUUAUUGGGGUCUUCCAAAAACCACAUUCAAAAACACACUUUCGACCCCCCUACGCCAGACAAACGCCAACGCUGACAAGAUCAUGAUCAUACAUCUUUCCCAAUACAGGUACAGCCAGCGUACCCGCCUACUGUCCACCCAUCGACGGCCACAAGCGCGGCUCAAACUCAGAGAGGUCCUCCUC